AUGGUCAUAUUCAGCUAUCCUCUCUGUAGACCUAUUAUCCUCUCUCUUCGUUUCAAACUGCAUCGAACAAGAACGUUCACAACGUCUCAACAUCACGCCAAGGAUCCAUGUCGCCCCUUGGUCGAACCAACAUACCACUACGAUUUCGAUGCAGGCGUGGAGAAUCUCGAAUGGUAUCAGCCUGGUGGCUACCAUCCAAUUCAUAUUAGCGAUGAAUACAACGAUGAGCGUUAUCAAAUCGUCCACAAACUUGGUCAUGGCACUUAUUCCACCAUCUGGCUGGCCAGAGACCGCGAGGAGAAGCAAUGCGUUGCCCUCAAAAUCCUCACUGCCGAUACCCCGAAAGAGUCUUCUGAAAGCAAAAUCAUGCGUGCAUUGAAUCGUGGAAUUCAAGACCAUCCAGGACAGGCGUAUGUUUCUUCAUUUCUGGAUGAAUUUACCAUCGACGGACCGAAUGGGCGUCAUCUGUGUCUGGUCAGUGAAGCUGCUGGAUGCAGUCUUGCCAGCUCCAAAGAAGCAAGCGUCAUCUGGAAGUUCCAACCCCAUGUCGCUCGAUCGAUAACAGCCCAGAUUCUCCGUGGGCUGGAUUAUAUCCAUUCUUGCGGUGUCGUGCACGGAGGUCUUCAUUUAAACAACAUCCUCCUCAAGCAGCCUACCCCUGGGGAUUCUACCGUCGAACAACUCUACGAUCGAUUGGGCGAGCCUCAAUAUUCACCAGUUGAGCGAAUAGACAAACAGCCAAAUGGCCUGGAAGUCCCGCGAUACGGCGUUUCCCCGGCCAUGGUGUGCCACGCAUGUGAAGAUGUUGAAGAUCCUCAUAUCAUCAUCUCAGACUUUGGCGAGUCGUUCUUUCAAGAUCAGAAGCGAGAGGGGCUGCAUACUCCCGUUCUUUAUACACCAUCAGAAGCAUUCUUCAAUGAGCCACUUGGUCAGGUUGUUGAUGUUUGGACGUUGGGAUGCACACUCUACGAGGUUCUGGGUGAGCGGCCCCUAUUUGAAGGCUUCAUGCCAGAUCAGGACCAUGCACUUGCAGAGAUGAUCAGCACUUUGGGUCCUCUUCCAGAGCGAUGGUGGAAUCGGUGGGAGAAGAAGAGGGACUUUUUCCUGGAAGAUGGAUCGUGGGAUGUCAAUACGAAGAGAGCUCAUUCGCCUCGUUCUCGUCCGCUUUUGGAACGACUUGGGGACAUGGGAAGGGAAGAGGAUUUUGGGGAAGAGGAAUUGGCUGUUUUGGAAAAGUUAUUGAAGGCCAUGUUAACGUAUGAGCCAGCAGAGCGCAUCACGACGAGGGCAGCGAUUGAGUCUGAAUGGAUGAAGAGAUAUGGAGGCUUAUCUGUAUAG